CCCCCCCCCCCCGCCUUCUCAAGCGGAGGGAGGAUCUCUGCCUCGCCUCCUCCCUUCCCCUCCCGCCCCGGCUGCUCCCUCCCCGUGGGGCGCAGGGAGGCGAGCCCGCCCGGGAUGCCAUGGCUCCGCCGGGCUCCGCGCUGCCCGCCUGCCUGCUGGGGCUGCUGCUGCUCGCCUGCCGCGGAGAUUUUGGCCAUUCCUCCGAGCUGGCGUUCGUGGUGGAGCCCAGCGACGACAUCGCGGUGCAGGAGCAGCCCUUGAUCCUCUACUGCCAGGUGGAGGGCAUCCAGCCCAUCACCAUCACGUGGCGGAAGAACGGCGCGAUGAUCGUGGACAGCGAGAACGCCUUCAUGUUGGCCAACGGCUCGCUCUACGUCUCCCGCUUCCAGAGGGUCCGCGGGGACGGGUCCUCGGACGAAGGCGAGUACGACUGCAUGGCGCAGAACCACUACGGGCUGGUGGUGAGCCGGAAAGCCAAGAUCCAGGCAGCCACGAUGUCCGACUUCCACAUCCACCCGCAGAACGCGGUGGUGGAGGAAGGGGGCGUUGCGAGGUUCCAGUGCCAGAUCCACGGCCUGCCUGAGCCUGUCAUCCUCUGGCACAAGAACCGCAUGCCGGUCAACACGGACAACGAAAGGUACACGCUGCUUCCCAAGGGGGUUCUCCAGAUUACGGGGCUGAGGGCAGAGGACAGCGGGAUUUUUCACUGCGUCGCUACCAAUAUUGCUAAUGUGAAGUUCAGCCGGGAGGCCAGGCUCACUGUGUCAGGCUCCCACUCCACUGUUUACAAGGACCCCAUGAUUCUUGUCGGACCGGAGAACCUCACGCUGACGGUGCACCAGACCGCGGUGCUGGAGUGCAUCGCGACCGGCAAUCCCCGGCCCAUCGUCUCCUGGAGCCGCCUAGACGGCCGCCCGAUUGGCGUGGAGGGGAUCCAGGUGCUGGGGACAGGAAAUCUCAUGAUCUCGGACCUCACCGUGCAGCAUUCUGGCAUCUACGUGUGCGCCGCGAACAAACCUGGCACGCGGGUGCGACGGACCGCACAGGGCAGGCUCGUGGUACAAGCCCCUGCGGAGUUCGUGCAGCACCCCCAGUCCAUCUCGAGGCCCGUGGGGACCACCGCCAUCUUCACCUGCGUGGCCCAAGGGGAGCCCCCGCCGCAGAUCACUUGGCUGAGGAACGGGCAGAUCCUGGAGACCAGCGACCACAUAAAGCUGAAGAAUAACAACAGCACCCUCUCCAUCUACGGGAUCAACCAGGCGGACGAGGCCAUCUACCAGUGCAUCGCUGAGAACAGCGCCGGCUCCACGCAGGCCAGCGCCCGCCUGACGGUGCUGUGGGCGGACGGGCUGCCCGGGCCUCCGCAGGCCGUGAAGGCCGAGACGGUGUCUGCAACCACCAUCCAGGUGUCGUGGAAGGAGCCCCUCCAGAACACCAAGGAGAUCAUCGGCUACGUGCUGCACAUUCGGAAAGCUGCAGAUCCUGUGGAGAUGGAGUACCAGGAGGCUGUCAGCAAGAGCACCUUCCAGCAGCUGGUGACUGAUUUAGAGCCCUCGACCAGCUAUAGCUUCUAUAUAAAGGCUUACACCUCCCGCGGUGCCAGCAAGGCCUCAGAAGUCACAGUGGUGAGCACGCUGGGAGAAGUCCCAGCCAUGCCGUCCCUCUUCAUUAAAGUCAUUAACAGCACUGCUGUCCAGGCCACGUGGGAGCCCUCCAUCAAACUGGGCCAGCACGAAGGCUUCAAGCUCUACUACCGCAAAGUCCACCUCUCCCAGUACACGGGUCCAGUGCUACUGGCCAGCAACAUAACAGCGUACAACAUUACCCACCUGGAUGCGUCGGUGGUGUACGAAGUCAAACUCCUCGCCUAUAACCAGCACGGGGAUGGAAAUUCAACUGUCCGCUUCGUGUCCUUGAGGGAAACCGUGGAGAGGACAGCGCUGAACCCCCCUUGUGACUGCAUGAAGGACGAGCAGAACAAUAAAACCUCCACGACUGGUAUCAUCAUUGGCAUCCACAUUGGCGUCACGUGCAUCAUAUUCUGCGUCCUUUUCCUCAUGUUUGGGUACAGAGGAAGGCUGCUGAUGUGUAAAAACGUGCAGGAGCAGCUGUCGACCCCGCAGAUCCCGAGGAGCCAGAGGAGCGCCACGGGGCUCGUUCUGAACGGGGCUGCCCGCAGGGACAGGGACGAGCGGGACUUGAACGGGAAGCAGCUGGAUAUGAACGAGCUGGAGAGGUUAUUCCCAGCGGCACCCUGCCAGGAGCAGCAGAACAAGGGAACAACGCCGUCUCGCAGCCCGCCUGCCGCCCACGACGACACGCAGAUAUCCACGCUGCCCUUGGAUGAGUUCAGCAUCAUCGAAGAGCAGCCAGAGCCUCCCCAAAAAAGCCCCUGCGGCGGCAGCCCUGCUGCUCCGGCCCCCCACCCCAUUCUCACCCAUGAAGGAUAACCUGCCAAGGCUUGAACCCUCGUGUAGGAGCUACCAGAAACCAAAACCGCGGCUGGCGACGUCUUUACGAUGAUUUCCUCAAUCUCAGGUCAAUUGAAGAUUUCUACGGUCUGAUUGUUAUUUUUUUGUUUUGCUUUAUUUUUAUAUAUAUAUAAAUAUAUAUAUAUAUGUGUGUGUAUACAGCCUUUUGGAAACUCUGUGAAGUUUGUCAUUCCGACCUGUCUCAGGCCUCUUGGUGCGUUUCUUUCAACGAUGGCUUUAUCAAGGCUGGUCACGACUGAUUUUUCCCGCUGCUGCUAAGUAAAAGACUCCUUGGCAGAGUCUGGCAAACUCUCCCAUCCCUGACAUUUUUGGGGAUACAAUGGAGCUUCGUCCGCUUGGCAUCACAGACUUCUUCCCACUUAGCAGCUUUAGGACUACUUUUUGGAUCUAUUUUUUAUUUUGAGAAGACUGGAUUCGGAGAAACCCUUCGAACUUGACUCCAAAAAUCGAGGCCUGGAAAGGCCGUCUUUCCAUGGAUUUGAUGAUUUUGUACACUUUUGCUAUUUCUCAGGAUACUUUUUUGCUGAAUGACCCGAUAAAACAUGGAAAAAAAAAAAAAAAAAAAAAAAAAAGAGUGUGUCAAAGGAGGCCUGCCUGAGGGCUACUGAAAGACUUGGACAAACAACUCGAGUGAAAUCAGAACCUACCUCAACCGGAAUGAAUGUCUUCUGGGGAGCAGAAAUGCCUGCGUCUUCCUUCGUGUUCAGUAACAAGUAGCGGAGCACUUGGUCAGUACAAGCUUGGUCCUACCUCAGCAGUCACGCUCUGUACCUGCCGCGUUGUUGUUUUUGUUGUCGUCGUUCCCAUGUAAAGCACUUCCAAACCUUGAAAGCAAUGUUCUACCUCAAGCGUGAUAGAAAUUCGUGUGUGUGUGCCCACCCCCCCCACCCCCCACCCCAAAUGCUGCCUCCUCCACCCGGCCC